UGUAUAUUUCCCACAAACUGAUUAAUUGAUAUCUGGAGUGUAAUUUGUCUACAAGCCCCAAAGUGGAUUAAAACUAUCAGUGAAAAAUGGGAUUUUGAUUCAACUAGUCUAGUUUUGGACACACAAAUUGGCUGCUGCAUUGCCUAAAUUACAACAAUGACCACACUCUGAAGUAUUUGAUUGGUUGUUCAGUCUUUUGGGAUGACCUGAGAUCCACAAAAGCCCUAAACAAAGACUUUUUUUGGUAACAUAUAUGUAGUAUAAAAUCUUAACAUAAACCAAGCAGAAUUGAAUAUGGAGACAAUAGGAACUGGCAAAAUUGGUUUACAAAAAAACACUUAAGUGAUGGAGCAGAUGUGUCCACCUGUCACAUGCCAAGCUUUGUCCUGCUUUCUCUCUCCUAAUACAAACAGUCUGAAGAAAGAUCUCAACCCAAAAACAUCACACAUUCAUGUCCAGAGAUGCUGCCUUUCCUGCUGUUACUCCAGCAUUUUGUGGUUUUACAAUUGACUAUGAAGUGAGCUGUUCCGAACACGGGCAUUUCAGAAAAUGGGUACGUUUGGAUAAAAAAGAACUAUUAUUAGCAUUAUAUGCACUCUGGUAUAUUAAAGCAAUACAGCAUUGAAGAUGGUUUACAUCCAUUGUGAUCAAACCAUAUUACAGGGAAGAUUUGCUGAGGGAAUCAGCAAAGUUGAAUAAACACUUGGCCUAAGAGGACAAGUAAUUCUCCUCAUUGUAUACCAUUGCAAGUUUUCCUUCCUAAACUUGCGCAGUCAGGCUCAUCAAUGGCUGUCUGAAUACUGACUUAGCACUUGUUCUGCACUUCUUACAAUGCCAAAAGAGAAUUUGGAGAAGGCAAAAAAAAACCCAGGAUCAAACAGCAACCAAUGUAGAAAGGUUUUUGCAAGUUUGGUUGAAAAAGAGUUUUCAGAAUGUUUGCAGUUCUACAGCCACCUGCAGCUCCUUUAUUUUGAGUUGCUAUUCUUCAUGGGUGAAUGCAAGCAGUGCACACCUGCAGCAGAUAAUGGUGGAGUGGAAGAGAUUUCAUUUCGGCCACUGGUGCUAAGCAACUAUUUACCCUCUGUACUCCCCUCCCAUUAUAUCGUUAAAGGAAGCCAGCAAUGGGAGAGAAGAACAAUGGCAGCUGAAACCACCGCAGUCAUUUUAGUUGAAUUUCUGUUCAUUCGUCUUCUGUUAACACCAAUGAACAGCCUUUUAAGCAGUAAUUAUUGAAUAUCAAUCAGGAGAAUUUAAAAUGCUAAUCAGACAGCUGAAACCACAAUAAGCAGCCAAUCAGAGAAUACGUAGAAGGAUUGACUGAACACGAUCUACUCCUAAUCCACUCAUGUCGGCAGUGGACCACAGUGACAGCUCACAGCUUGGAGGAAGGCCACUAUGUUAUUGGACCAAAAAUCGACAUCCCUUUACAAUACCUAGGGAAGUUUAAAUUGCUGGAGCAGGAUCGAGAUGUCAGGGAGCCUGUGCAGUAUUUUAACAGUGUUGAGGAAGUGGCGAGUGUUUUUCCAGAUCGUGUUUUCGUUAUGGAGGCAAUAACGUUCAGCGUGAAGGUGGUCUCUGGUGAAUUCAGUGAAGACAGUGAAGUGUAUAACUUCAUGCUGCAUGCUGGCGAUGAGCUGACACUGAUGGGCCAGGCUGAGAUCCUCUGUGCCAAGACUGUGAAAGAAAAGUCCCGCUUCAACACGAUAUUGCGAAAGUUGGGCAAGAGCACCACAUUGAGCAAACAGGUGAAAGGCAAGAUGCCGUGCCUCAUCUGCAUGAACCACAGAACUAACGAGAGCCUUAGCCUUCCCUUCCAGUGCCGAGGAAAGUUCAGCACUCGCAGCCCCCUUGAGAUCCAAAUGCAGGAAGGGGAGCACACAAUCCGCAGUAUCAUUGAAAAGGUUCGGCUACCAGUCAACGUCACUGUUCCCUCUCGUUCGCCCCGCAAUUCUUAUGAUCUUCAUUGCAUCCGUGAAGGGCAUCGCUAUAAGCUUGUCAGCAUCAUAUCGAGGACUGUGGUCUUGUGCUGCAUCAUCCGCAAGGAUGACAUUAUCCCCUUGCACUUUCUGCUGCUUUCAGAUAUGCCCAGGUUUGUGCUACCCGAAGGACUGUUAAGAGGCAACCCCAUGUACGAGAAGUUGGUUCAGGAAAUAACUUUAUUUAGCCAGGAGCAUUUCAAUGCUGACGAGUACUCCAAGGCAGUCCGGGAGGUCAAGACGGACUUUACGGAUGAUUGCACCAGUCCAAGGAGAAUCAGGGUUUGUUUGCAGGGAUAUUCGGCCAAUUCAAUGAAUUAUGCCCGGGAGGAACUAACCCAGUCGUUUCAGAGGCUCUCCAUGUGCGCUUUCACCGGCGCCCUGUUACAUAGCAAUGGCGAGGUGACCUUUCAGGGUUGCCGCGAUUCUAUCGGGGAGCAGCAUAUAAUGCCGCAUGAGUUACUGACUCCGCCAGACAUGGUUGACGUGGAUGGAGAAUACAUGACUCCUGACUGGGCAGAAAGUUAUUUUCGGACUCGGGACCAACCAGAGAUUCCCUAUGAGGAGCUGUGGAGCAAUCAAAGCACCGAUAAUUCCAAGGAUUCCUAUGGCAGGUUGAUGGAGACUGAGAAUAAAACUCAACAAGGCUCCAUUGCUUUCUACUCUCAUUGCUCCUCCUCCUCGUACGAGGAUCCUGUUUUCUCAUCGCAUUUGGCUAUUUUACAAAGAGGAGACUCCAGCGUGCCAAGUCCACCUCCAGUGCCUCCGAAAUCAGAAGCUGUGAGUAUCAUAGCAACUGGAUCAAGUGUGAAAGAGGAAUGUCGACUUCUAAAUGCUCCCCCUAUUCCUCCACGUGGUACUAAGGGUGCUCUGACAUCCAGCCCACCCGUUCCGCCUCGGUUUGCAAAAGCACAGCUCCAGCAGGCCCAUUCACCAAGCCCUAGCCUGUCUUAUUACUCGUCUGGCCUUCAUGACAUCUCUGGAACCCGCAGUGGCAGCUGUUCACCAUCCCCAGACACGUACUCCCUUUACUGUUAUCCGUGCACCUGGGGAGACUGCAAGGCUACAGAUUCUUCCAAUCGUCCGUUGUCAGGGAAUAUUUCGUCGAAUAUCCAGAAUGUACAGACUUCCUGGUCGGAUCCAUGGGGAUAUUCAAAUAGUGUUCAAAGUGUGAUUAGUGGGCGAUCCACACCAAAACUAUCUGGAGACACUUCCUUCAGAAGUUAUUACAGUUGUCCUCGAUUGAAGCCACCGAGCUCUCAGAAGCGGUUUGCACCCUUUGGAGCAUUAAACCCAUUUGCCAACUCUACCUACACACCCAGUCCAUCAGCAACAGAUUGGUUAGAAUCUUCUGAUCAUUACAAGUCCCCAUCUGCUACGCCAGAGCACUUUGAUUCAAUUGGUCUUUCUGUCAGCCGUAGCUCUUCUCCAGAUCCAGUCUCCGGAGAUAUGAGGUACAAUCAGGAGUACCGACACUGCGUGCAGGAUUCAUUGUACAAACCGUCUGAGAGCAUAUCUUGCCCUGUCCCACCACCGCGGCCUCCAAAGGUUUGUGAUUCAGACAAUAUCAUCAUCCAAAGUACAGCGUCUCUUUCUCCCACUGUUGCAAGAGGUGCUGAGGGUGGUGUAACAAGGGUCUAUCUCACCCAGGGUGUUAUUGAAGUUCCUCCAGCAUCGUCUCGGAGUAAUGCAGAGAUAGCUGUCUCCCUCCCUUCAUCUAAUACAUCGGGUAUGCCCAGAUUAAAUGGUAGUGACUUGUAUUGGCACCCACCAUCUGACCUAUCUACUCUUUCUAUGGAAGAAGUCUCCAGAUGCCUAAGAUUCAUUGGCCUUUCAGAGGAUGUGGUGACAUUUUUCGUUCGUGAGCGCAUUGAUGGGAAUAUUUUCGUUCAGCUGACUGAGGAGAUUCUGUCUGAUGAUUUUAAACUCACAAAACUUCAAAUGAAAAAGAUCAUGCAGUUUAUCAAAGGCUGGAGACCUAAGAUUUAACCUACCGGCAAUUCCUUGUUUUUUAAGUGGGUAAAGGUUUAACUCUUUAACUUGUAGAAGAAACUUCUAAUAAUUUGAAAGACAUGGUGAACAGCACCUCCGGAUGUUUAAAAUGAUCCAAUAUAUUUGUUGGCCGUUUAUGUUAUGUACUGUGAAGAAUGUGUUAUCAAACUGUAGUAUCCGUUGUUGGACUUUUUGCUACCCUUUCCCUUCAAAUUAUCAAAAGUAUUAACUGCAUAAUUUACUAGGUGCAAAUAUGAGUUAAAGAGUUAAAUUAUUGUAGAACUGCAGUUAAUGCUGCCUUGUUGGGACUAGAAUAGUCUUCAAGUUUGGAAUCUUCAGUUUAUCCAAACGCAGCCUGUUUCCAUAAAUGUUUAAAGUGCUUCAACGAUGGAAUGUUGAAACACAAUUUCCAGUUUUUAAAAUUUUUUAAUCACUUAAUUACUACUGUUUGUGUUACUAAGGAUGAAUUAGAUUAAUGGUGGAUAAAUUAUUUCUAAUAUUUAUAGAACAUACUAAUAAAACUGUGGGAUUCUAUUAAAUAAAUAUUUUUGUGUUACCUACCUUUAUUUUUUUGCACGUGUGGAUUCCAUAAUCCCCCCCCCCCCCACCCACCCCCUAACCAAACAAAAAUAGAAAGCACAGGAAAAUGUUCAUAGCUGGUAAAGUGGAUCUUGUGCAGCAUGUAGAUAUUACUGAAAGUUAGGAGGAAAAAAUAAGGCACAUAUCUGUGAGGCAAAGUGCAGUUGCCCUUUGCUGUGUAGUGCACUACAAACGCCUAUAAUUUAGUACAUUGUUUAAGCCAGUAAUUUGAUCUAAAAAUGUAUCGUUCUAAUCACUACUGUCUUAAAUCUGUAUAGUCUGUUAUUUGUGGAAGACAAUUAAUUAUACGUUUAAUGGCUUUGGUUCUUUCAACUAAUUUUUUGGGAAAUUUCUGUAUAUUUAUGGACAAGCAAAUUUUCUCCUUGUAGAUGUUCAUCUUGAUAUAAUUUUCUUUUUUAACAAUGAAGGUUGAUAAUACUAUAACUGUACGGAAAUGCCCAUUUAUGCAUAAUUUAAUCUAUACAAACCAAUACAGAUAAUACAUGACAAAAAAA